AUGGACUCCCUCCGCAAGGCGCGUGCCUAUAACGAUGACAUUGGCUACCAGGACGACGAGGCCACCAAGGCAGCUUUCAUCUCCACCUGGUUCGGCUCCUCAGGGCCCGUCUGCCGAGUGACACCCCCUUUUCGCUGCGACUAUGGCAUCAACAUAAACGUGGGGGACAACUUCUACGCCAACUAUGACUGUGUCGUGAUCGACUGCGCAAAGGUUAAGAUUGGUGCCAACGUCUUCUUAGGCCCAGCAGUGCACAUCUACACUGCCACCCACCCUCUUGAUGCAGUGGAGAGGCGGAGUGUGGAGAGCGCUCUGCCAGUGACAAUCGGCAACGAUGUUUGGAUUGGCGGCAAGGCAUCCGUGCUGCCUGGUGUGGAGAUCGGCGAUGGGUGUGUGAUUGGCGCAGGGGCGGUUGUGAACAGGAGCAUCCCGCCUUACUCGCUGGCUGUGGGGUGCCCUGCAAGGGUGGUGAAGCGAUUGGAAGGGAAGGCUGGGUCGGCAGGAGCGGGGGGUGAGCCGCCAGCAUCUUGA